UAAAACUGGGAGAGGGUUUGUUUUGUUUGUGGCUAGUGGCUACCAUUUUUCCUCGUGGACGAAGCCAUACCACAGACAAAAGGGGUUAGUUAUCAGUUUAUUUGGCAAUACUAGCUUAAUACCCACCUUUCAGUCGUCUGAAAAUGUGUACAUUACAGAUGUUGCGCGUGUUCUUAAAUGAGCGUUUAACUGCAGCUGCUGUGGAGAUUUUCGGGGCAGUUGAGAAAACGGUAGUCGAGUACCAGGAGGAGAAUGAUAAUCUGCGGAGACUGCUGCGGAUAACUCCGGACAUAAACCAAUGUAGAAAAGAGUCCCUUCGAUUAUCUGUUGCUGUCUCUGAUGACGAGGUUCCCCCUGAGCAGCAGCACUGUGAGCAGGAGUGGAGAACCAGUCUGCAGCAGGAGGACCUAGAACCCACACAGAUUAAGGAGGAACAGGAGGAACUCUGGACCUGUCAGGAGGAAGAUAGUGUGUUCAAAUUACCUCCGUGUGUGAAAAGUAAAUGUGAUCAGGAAAACCCACAGUCCUUUUCUCUUCCCCAAACCCAGACAGUGGAGAACAGAGACAGUAACUCUAAACCAGUGGAUCUCCCACAUUUUGUCACCGUUACCCACCUAGAGGGUCUCGACAUUCCCAGUGACCCUCCAGAUAAUCAAAACUAUAGCCACAGCUCAACUGUAAGCGGUGACCCAGUAGGACUUAGGCUGCUGUCACCAUUCCAUCACAGCCCACCACUGGAUCCCAACCUAUCAAUGGGGGAACACUGUUCCAAACCCAGCACCACGUCUAGAAAAACUCACUGCUGCUUUGACUGUGGUGAAACGUUUGCUCUGACAGCUGACCUGCAGGAGCAUGUGACUCUCACCAAGAAGAGACCCAGCGAAUGCCACCUCUGCAAGAAACGCUACAACUCCACCUGUAAAUUAAAGGCCCAUGUCAGACUCUGUCAUGUGGAGAGACCCUGCACCUGCCCCUUUUGUGGAAAGACCUUCAAACUCAAAGGACAUCUUUCCAGGCAUAUGAGGAUUCACACAGGAGAGAAACCGUUUGGCUGUGGUGACUGUGGGAAGAGCUUCAUUCAGAAGGGGGACUUAAUGAGACACAUACUUACUCACACAGGAGAGAAACCAUUUAGCUGUAAAAACUGUGGGAAAAGCUUCAAUCGGAAGGGGAACCUAACUGAACAUAUACGGACUUGCACAUACUGAGUUACACAGGAAAGAAAGUUACCAAAGAAACAAAUGAAUUAGGACAAAGACAUCUUGUGAUAAGAUGGACAACACUGUUUGGAAAAGCAAAGCAACUCUUGAUCAUUCAUUCUGUGGGUUUCAGAUAAAUCGAUGUCAUGAAUUUACUUUUGCAAAACAUUCUAUGUAAAAGUUUGAUCCAACAGUAGAGUAAUUCAAUUCAUGGUCUGCUGUUCAAAGUCUCUUGAUGUAUUCACGUCAUUAUAGACUGGAAUUCCUGGUAGUUUGUUUUGGAACGUCUCGAGAAUAGUCCAAGAAUUUGUCCUUGCAUUCGUCAGAUCUAUAAACUGAUCUAUGGUCAAAUGUGGUUCCCCUCAUGGUUACGAGUAGGAUUUGUGGAGGGUAAACUGAUCCUGAACCUUUAUGGCACAGGACUGUGGACAUACACCCCCCCCUGUCAGUUCCUCGUGAACCACUAAAUCACUAAACAGCACAAGUCUGUGCUAAAUUGUGUUUAGAUGUUUGAAAGGGAGAACUAGUGAGACGAUCUGCACAUUGAUAAUUCAGAAUGGUGGAACAUCUAUCCUCUAGCCCAGGGAAAAACCUCUCAAACCUAGCCUCAGGUAUGACUGGCAAGCAAGACUACCAAAGACCAAAAACAUUCUGGGCUCCCGAGUGGCGCAGCAUUCCAGUGCAAGCAGCGUCACUACAGUCCCUGGUUCGAAUCCAGACGUGAUUGGGAGUCCCAUAGGGUGGCGCACAAUUGGUCCAGGGUCGUCCGGUUUUGGCCAGGGUAGGCCGUCAUUGUAAAUAAGAAUUUGUUCUUAACUGACUUGCCGAGAUAAAGGUUCAAUUAAAGAAAUAAAGCAUUAUCCCCCUCUUGCCA